ACCACAGGUGUGAUACCACAAGUACUGAUGUCAGACAACAUGUUAGACUACACAGACACUGAUGUCAACACUGUCUAGUUGUGCGAUCUCAGUGACUCCAAACUUACUAAAGGUUAAAGUGGUUUUUAUCAGAGUUCAGUAAGUGUCUCUUUGUCUUAUGUCCUAAUGAAGAGUCAAGUGUGUGUUUCUGUGAGCCUCACAUGUUUAUCUGAUGUUUAUCAGGUCGUCAUUAGAGGGUAAAACCUCCAGAGCUCUGCUGCUGUCCAACCCACACUCUCAUCAAAACACUUCCCCUUCAGCUCUCAGAAAAAAUGACUUCAGAGACACAAUGAGGAACCAACAGGUCUCAGCAACAGCUACUGGACAAUAUUCCUCCAUCUUCACUGUCAGAGAUGAAGAUGAAGCCACUUUGUCCUGUGAAAAUGUGAGAGAUGAUCAGGAUCAAUGUGACAGAACUACCUGGAUCUUUAUUGGUUCAGGAAGCAGAUCAACAGUAACUCUGUUUGAACAUGGGAAGAUUCAUGAAGAAGCCACAUCUAAAUCAGACAGACUGAGUCUCACAGAGAACUGUUCUCUGGUUAUAAAGAAGGUCACAGUUGAGGAUGUUGGUCGUUACAUCUGCAGACAGUUUUACAGAUCAGGACGACGACAAGGUCCAGAUGCUCAGGUUGAACUGUCUGUUGUUACCAUGACUGAACAUGAGGACAGAGAUCAGGUGACAUUAUACUGCUCUGUGAGGACAUAUGACCACUGUAUACACACAGUGAAGUGGCUGUAUGAGGGUAAAGAUGUGGCUACAGAUGACAAAGGGUUGUGGACAUCAUCGUCUUCCUGCAGAGCCUCUGUGACCUUUCUGACUUCUCAUUACAUUUACAAAUCAACAUCUAAGCUCUUUUCUUGUGAAGUGACUGAUGGUAACAACAGGCAACAGUUUACCUUCAGCCUUCAGUCCUCACCUGAGAAGUCAGGUGACGACUCAACAACAACAACAACAACAACAACAACAACAACAGCAACAACAACAACAACAACAACAACAGCAUCUCCAACCAGUGACGCUUCAACAAAACCAACAGGUGACGACACAAUAACAGCAACAAUAAGAAACAGUGUAAAACCAGGUGUGACCAGGACAGCAACUACAACCAGUGGUUCUUUAACAAAACCAAAAGAUUGGUGGUGGUUUGUCAUUGUGGCUGUUGGUGUAUUGGUGCUCCUGAUGAUUGCCAUAGCAGUCUUCAAAUGGAAGAGAGCUAAAGGGAACAAAACACAGAUGGAUGAAAACACUGCUGAUCCUGAGGAUGGUGUUCCCUACGCCUCCAUCAGCUACAGCAGGAAGACCAAGAGUAAAGCCCAGGUUCUGGGUAAAGAUGAUGAAGAUGAUGCAGUGACCUACAGCACAGUGAGAGCCUCCCCCUCCUCUGCUGGAGCCUCUGCUGAUCUCAGCAACCUCUACGCUGCCAUCAACAACCCCGGAAAAUAAAGAAACAGCAUAGUUACAUCUCAUAUCAUCAGUUACUUUACAUUAAUGACUGAUUAGUUCAAGAGACACAAUGUAACCUUGCUAAGCAACAGCGCCCUCUGCAGCCAUGAGUGGUGAUUAAUUCUGCUGAACUGAAACGCAGCUUAACAGUGUAUAUUACCCAUGAUCCUCAGCCUCUGAAGCAGGAAGUGCUGUCAUUAUAACAAACACACCAAACUCUGUUUCUAAUUCUUGAUAUUUCCCUCAGUUUCCUGGCUGGAUAUCAGAGAUGAACUCUGGUUUUUAAUGACUUCUAUGUGAUUUUAACUGAUCUAUAGUUCAGCAUCUGAUUCCAGUAGUUUAAGCUGCUGACUAUCACUCAGUUAGAGGGAGAUCGUACCUGCUCACCAAAGUUAAAUAGAGCAACAACAGGUGUUCAAGGCACAGAGUUGGAAUGACAGAGGCUCCAUUCUCACUAUUAGAAGUCAGUGUACCAUCAAAAUGAAUGUGAAGCUGUUAUUUCAAAGUCAGAUCGUUACACAAUGUUGCUUUUAAUUUAGUCAAAUUGAUAUUGCUGUGUUACUUCUAAUUUUUUCUUUAAUUAAUGUUUUACUGUGUUUUUUAUUUCAAUUAUUUUAAUGAUCAUUUUCAGGAUUUAUUGCUGUAAAUUGCCAGCAGGGGGAGUAGUAGGUUCACCAGUAGCACAAUGUGAAAAGAACAAGUAAUAACCCAACACCACAUGGCUGCUUGAAAUGUAAAUAAGCUUUCUUUAUGUUCUGAUGUGAAAGUCAUUAAAGCAAAGAGGAAGUGGAA